AAACCAUAAAUGAAGAGAGAGCUUCUGAAAGUCAUGGCGAACCACACUGAUGAGAUGACUUACUCUUUCGAGAUAGACAACUUUUCCCAAAGGAAUACUAUAUUUACGACUCCUAUAUUCUCAACCCGAUCCUGCAACUGGUUUGUUUACGUAUAUCCCAUGGGAGAUACAAUUAGUAAAAAUAUGUCUCUGUGGCUAAAAGUUCCAGAUCCUCUCUUACGGCCAUUGGGUUGGUCGAGACAGACAUCGUUUCGCUUCGUCGUUGUCAACCCAUCCGACGUUAACAGUUCCCGAAGUUUCAAAUCUAUCGACUCCAUCUUUUACAAGGGACAGCCAAGCUGGGGUUUUAUAACGGACUUGAGUCUUUCCAAACUUCAAGAGGGAAAAUUUCUUGUGAACGACAAACUCAAAAUUGAAGUCUACAUAGGUGGUAUCGCUGUUCAUGGAGGACUAGAUCCACAUGUGUUACCCGAAAAGAAGAAGGAGACCGUGUGUGUCAAUGGCUUCCAAGUUCUUGAUUCACAAGUAAAGUCAGCAAAGUGGAUUUUUGAGACUUACCCGGAAACAGCAUUGUAUAUUCAACCACAAGAUCCACAGCUUAAGACAGCAUACAUGAACAUUCUCCUCAGAAUCUUGGAAAAACUAUAUAACAGUCCUCUUGAGAAGCUCACGGAAAGUGAGCUAAGUAACGUUUCCAAGGGUCUGCUUGAUCUGACACAAGCUGGUUUUAAGCUGGAAUGGUUGAGGGAAAAGCUUGAGAAGGUUUCCGUCGAGAGGAAGAAACUAUCUGGUUAUGAAGCUCAGGCUAAGGAACUUGAGAAACAGUUGAAGAGUCUUGAGCUGAUGAUGUGUAAUCUCAAAGCUGAGAUCAAGUUGAAAGCCGAGAGCUAAUUAUAUUAUGAUAUUUGGUUAGGUAUUAAUUUCUAGUUUUCAUUAUAUCUUAUGAUUUAAUUUUUUUUUUGUUUGCCAGGCUUUGAUUUAGAUCAGUUAUAUCCUUUUCAUAUAUUUUGAUGUCUAGAAAUCAAAUGUUUUUCAACACAAUAUUUGGUUGUUUAGAUUGUUCUUGUUAAAUUUUUCUCAAAAAAAAAAAGAAAAAUUCAAACCUUAAGUUCCUUUUUAAAGCAGCAAGGAAAGCAGUUCUUGUUUAAGGGUUUAGGAAGAAAAUUAGCAGAAGAUGAAGCAAAUAUGAGAACCAAUAUUUCAAGAAUAAUUAGCAGAUGGAUAUGUGCCUAGAAAAU